AUAAAAGGUAUAUGUACGCUCAGUGACUGGUUAUAUGUACAUGUAAACGCCCGUACUCGACGAUGCCGAAGAAGGAUUCCAUGUCUAGUGGACAAGUGGAGCUUUGCGAUGUGAAAGUGGACGUGCUUAUCAAACACAAGAGCCGCCGGAAGCAGAAAAGUGUCGAGGAACUGAGCACUAGCAGUAGUAAGACGAGUCGAGAAGUAGACAGUGGCGAAGCCAGACACAAAUCGCGUCGAGACAGAUCCAGCAGUCACGAUGGAUUAGAUGCUGGCCGACGGAAAAAAAGAGAUAUUGAUCGUAGUGUUGAGAGUGUAACUGCGAUACAAGCUAGGCGACCUGAAACUGAGAGUAGUGACGACAGUGUGGACGUGAGAGAUCACAAGAAACGAAGGAACUAUGAUAACAUAGACCAUGGCGUUGCGAAUGUACACGUUGUGCGACAUAAGAAGCGAUUAGCUGUCGCCGAUCUCAGCGACGAAGAAGCAAAUAUGGUGAGACAACAAAGGAGACGAAAGGACGAAAGCAGUGGCGCAAGCUCAGACCCCACAAGGAAUAAGCAACGACGCAACACUCAUUCGGCAGGUCCUUACGAAGGGACCAUGAAAGGCACGCCUAAGGUCUCAAGUAAAUCCACAGAUUACGUAUACGUUAAUAACGCAUAUGUAGGAAGCCUAAAUAGUGUUAACGAAGGAAGACGUCAACCAGCAAUAACAAGCACUUACCGGGAGCAGUACUGGGCCUGUUCCAGGUGGUCGCACGGGAAGAAAAUAUUAGCAAUUGGAAUAGGAGUGUUAUUAGGAAUGUCGCUAGUCGGAGGUAUUAUAACUUUGUGCUUAUUCAUCACGGGACAGAAUCCUGAAGAGAUUAUCAGUCCCCUCCUUCCUGGAAAUGACAGACACUUCAGCUUAUUUUAAGUGUUUGUGGAAACGUGUGCUGGACUGUGCUUCCAUAGAGUUUGUACUCUCUUUAAGAAUGUAUUAUUGUGAUUUGAUGGAGUCUGUGUAUAAUUUUAAGAUCUUAUUUAAAUGUUAUAUGUAUCUGUCUAAGUAAUAGUUGUAAUGAGGUCUCGCCGUUCAAGUCGGUGGAAUCAGAGUGCACCUGUGUUUGCGCAUUAUAAUAUUUCUGGUGCAGUGGGCUAGUCUAGAUGGAUAAACAAGCCGUCAUUAUUGAAAUCAAUUGUAAAUUUUUAUA